GCGAGAUUACAGAACAAGCUACUUCCGGUAGCGCAAACAGCGAGCAACAGUUUCACAAGCAAAUUAGCAAGUGGCUCUCAUGGGAGCGUAUGAGGAGGCCUCUGUGCUGCUGCAGAUAUUGAAGAGGCCAGCAGUUCUACUCCGACAACAUGGAGAAAAUGUCUCGGGUCACCACAGCUCUCAGCAGCAAUACCAUCAGUGGCCGAACAAUGUUCUGCCACUUGGACGCUCCCGCCAACGCCAUCAGCGUGUGCCGUGAUGCUGCGCAGGUGGUGGUGGCGGGCCGCAACAUCUUCAAGAUCUACGCACUGGAGGAGGAGCAGUUUGUGGAGAAGCUGAAUCUGCGCGUCGGCCGCAAACCCUCCCUCAACUUCAGCUGUGCAGAUGUGAUGUGGCACCAGAUGGAAGAGAACCUGCUCGCCACAGCGGCUACCAACGGAGCGGUGGUCACGUGGAACCUGGGGAAACCUUCUCGUAACAAGCAGGAGCAGCUAUUUACCGAGCACAAACGCACCGUCAACAAGGUGUGCUUCCACCCCACAGAGGCUUACAUGUUGCUCAGUGGCUCUCAGGAUGGCUUCAUGAAGUGCUUUGACCUGCGCAAGAAAGAAUCCGUCAGCACUUUCUCUGGUCAGUCAGAAAGCGUUAGGGACGUCCAGUUUAGUAUGAAGGACUAUUUCACAUUUGCUGCGUCCUUUGAGAACGGUAACGUCCAACUGUGGGACAUCAGGCGUCCAGACCGAUAUGAGCGAAUGUUUACCGCUCAUACUGGUCCUGUGUUCUGCUGUGACUGGCAUCCUGAUGACAGGGGCUGGCUGGCAACAGGGGGCAGAGACAAGAUGGUGAAAGUUUGGGACAUGACCACUAACAGGGCAAAAGAGAUCUACUGUGUCCAGACGAUCGCUUCAGUGGCUCGAGUCAAAUGGCGGCCGGAGAGAAAGCAUCAUCUGGCCACCUGCUCCAUGAUGGUGGACCAUAACAUCUAUGUGUGGGACAUCCGUAGACCCUUCAUUCCCUUCGCUACCUUUGAGGAACACAAAGAUGUGACCACUGGUAUUGUGUGGCGGCAUCAGCAUGACCCGCAAUUUCUGCUCUCUGGCUCCAAGGACAGUACGCUGUACCAGCACAUGUUCAAGGAUGCCACUCGUCCUGUGGACAAGGCCAAUCCCGAGGGUCUCUGCUUUGGACUGUUCGGUGACUUGGCUUUUGCGGCUAAGGAGAGCCUGAUCAGCGGCGAUGCCAACAGAAAGCCUUACCCCGGAGGAGACCGCCGCUACCCAAUCUUUUUCUUCAAGAAGGCUGAUCCAACAGAACAGUUUGCCCACGUGUCCAGCGCUCUUAGCGUCUUUGGGACAGACUUGGACAGUAACCGAAUGGACUGGUUUGUCAAGACGGCACAACUCUACCUCCUCAGUGGGAAACCAUUUGCUGAGCUGUGUGAUCACAACGCCAAGGUGGCGCGGGAGCUCAAAAGACCUCAGGUUUCUACAACUUGGACCAUGCUGCGAAUCAUGUUCUCUGACCCAGCAAACCUCAUCGCGCCCGGUUUAAACCUUAGCCUCAGUAAACUGGGCACCUUGCCUUUGAUGAACAGCUUCAGUAUGAAGGAAAUGGGCACUGGGAUUGGCACAGAGAGCAGACUGGAGCGCAGCAAAGGUGAGAGCAGGCAGGACAACAUCCACCUGGAGCCUGGAAACAUACACAUCAACAACAAUAAUGAAGAAAACGAGGAGACGGAGGGCAGUGAGGCUGAGUACAUGUUUGGUGAUGCAGAGUUAGAUGACGACGACCUCUACUCUAUGGAACAUGAAAACCAAACAGAAGAGCAGGAGUACACGCUGCCCCAGGAGGCCUUCCCACUGCGCCACGAGAUCAUGGACAACCCUUCAGCUCCUGAGCACCUUCAACAGGACAAGGCCGACUCCCCACAUGUCAGUGGCAACGAGGCAGAGGUCACUUGUCUGACACCCAUCGAGUCCUUUUCGCUCAUCUCCAUCUCCCAGCCGCUGUUCAGCCCGCACCUGCCUGCCAGCUUCUUCUGCCCCAUAGUGCGGGAGAUGCUGAGCUACUACGCCGAGCAGGGCGACGUACAGAUGGCCGUGACUGUGCUCAUCGUUUUGGGCGACAGGAUCCGCAAAGAGAUUGAUGACCUCACCCAGGAGCACUGGUACAUGUCCUACAUAGACCUGCUGCAGCGCUUUGAGUUGUGGAACGUGUCCAACGAGGUCAUCAAGCUGAGCACGUGCAGCGCCAUCACCUGCCUGAACCAGACUUCGACAACACUACACAUCAACUGCAGCAACUGCAAGCGGCCGAUGAACAACAAGGGCUGGAUCUGCGACAGGUGUCACCAGUGUGCCAGUGUGUGUGCAGUGUGCCACCAUGUGGUGAAGGGCCUGUUUGUGUGGUGUCAGGGCUGCAGCCACGGCGGACAUCUGGAGCACAUCAUGAACUGGCUAAAAAGCAGCGCUCACUGCCCUGCCGGCUGUGGUCACCUGUGUGAGUACACCUGAGGAGUGGGAAUCGGUCUCACACUGGCCUGUACUAUCACACACACACACACACAGAGUCCACAGAUGUUCUCGACCCUGGUGUGUCACUGUGGAGUCUAAAGGAGGAUCAGUCCUGCGUGUGCUACUUCUCGUCACAUGCAAACACAAUCACAUAUGAUUUCACAUUUCUACUUGAAUUGGUUUCUGAACCGCUGCUUGGUUUUGUACAUGAACAGAUGUUACAGUUGAUACACAAACACAAUAUAGCUCUUGAAUUCACAGUUGCUGCAUUUUUAUGUUGUUUUUAAAACACUUAAAUGAAACAUUGAAGGCUGUACAGAAAUGUUUGCUCACCUCAAGUGGAUUACUGUGUGUACAUAAUGUCUAAAACCUAUUUUAAAGAGGAAAAUUGUAGAUAUUGUUGGAUUAAUUUAUGACAAAUUGCUCACUAUUAGAGAAAUACAUUAAAGCAAUAACCACUAAAUUGA